CACAACCGCAAACCAAACAGCGAACAGAGAAACAAAAAAGAAAGAAACACAAACGUAAACGGAGACUCCUUUCCUUUAUCUCCCCCCCUCUUCAUUAUCCCUUCUCUCAAUCGAUCCCUUUCUCUCUCUAUAUCUACACCUCCCCCAAUAUAUAUAUAUAUACCCCGGUUCGCCGGCGAACAUUACAUCGGUUUUCCGACCGAAACCCUAACACCAUUUCAAUUGUAAAUCUUUAAAUUAUUUUUUAAAUUAAAAAAAAAAUUCUUUUCUUGUGAAAAAAUAUUUUUUUGUAUUUUAGGUUUGAUUUUGGUUUGGUUUUGUUUGAUUUGGUAGAUAGUACACGGAAAAGAAGGUUUGAAAUUUGUUGUUUCUGGACGUGUAUUCACUUGUUUGUUAUUGUAAGGGAACAAAUUUUUUUUAAAAAAAAAUAAAAUUUGGAGAUAGAACACGACGGGGAAUUGAAGCGUUUUUGUUCUGAUUCGGAGUUUCAGUUCGUGCGUUUUGGGGGUUUGCGAAGUUUUUUGAUUUUUUUUCUAGGUGUUGGGUGGAGAUGGAGACACCUGUGAACUGAGGCUUGUGAAUUUUCUAGGGCUUUUUCUUGUUCUUCUUUGUGGGGAGGGCAUAUAAAGGGACACAGUUUAUGGUUAUGAUCGGUGUUAGAGAGAGUUUGGAGAAUCAGAGGGUUUUGAUUUCUGGGUUCUCUGUGUUGUUGUUUGGGUUCUGCUGUCGUUGCGGAUGAGGAAUGAUGGCAAGAAACCGCAGGGACUUGUGCCGCGGCCUGGACGGACCAACGGGCUUAUCCCGACUUCGUUUCGUGCUCUCUCCAGUUACUUGAGGAUCGUCUCGUCCGGUGCUUCCACUGUUGCUUCCACUGUGAAGUCGGCAGCAUCGGCUGCUUCGGCCAUUGUGGACAGGGAUAAUAAUGAUGCCAGCCACGAUCAGGUGCUCUGGGCUGGGUUUGACAAGUUAGAAUGCAAGGGGGGCAUCACCAGGCAAGUUCUCUUGCUGGGCUAUCGGUCUGGUUUUCAAGUUUGGGAUGUUGAAGAAGCAGAUAACGUGCGUGACCUUGUUUCCAGACAUGAUGGUCCAGUUUCAUUUAUGCAAAUGUUACCUAAACCAAUAGCAUCAAAGAUAAUUGGCGACAAAUUUGUAGAUAGUCGCCCACUACUGGCUGUUCGCACAGAUGUCCUUUCUGGAGUUCGGGAUACAAUAGCAACUCCAUAUAAUGGGAGCACCUCAAAUUGCCAUGAUCCACUGAAUGGUGGUCUUAUGCCAACUGUUGUUUCGUUUUAUUCCUUGAGAUCUCAAUCUUAUGUACAUGAGCUUAAGUUCAGAUCAGUUGUUUAUUCAGUGAGGUGCAGCACCCGAGUUGUUGCCGUCUUACAAGCAGCUCAGAUACACUGUUUUGAUGCUGCUACGUUAGAGAGGGAGUAUACUCUCCUUACAAAUCCAAUAGUUACUGGGUGUUCUGGAUUUGGAGGUAUAGGCUAUGGACCUCUUGCAGUGGGACCCAGAUGGUUGGCUUACAGUGGAAGUCCAGUUGCAGUUUCAAAUGCUGGGCGUGUCUGUCCACAACAUCUUACCCCGUCUGCAAGUUUUUCUGGUUCUUCUUCAAAUGGGAGCCUCGUUGCACACUAUGCAAAAGAGUCAAGCAAGCAACUUGCUGCUGGGAUUGUGACCCUAGGGGACAUGGGAUAUAAGAAGCUGUCAAGAUACUAUUCUGAGCUCUUACCUGAUAGCAACAAUUCUGCCCAAUCAGGGAGUCCUGGCCUUAAAAUCAAUGGGACUGUCAAUGGCCAUUUUCCAGAUGCAGAAAAUGUUGGAAUGGUCAUUGUCAGAGAUAUUGUCAGUAAAGCUGUUAUCACCCAAUUUAGGGCACAUAAAAGUCCCAUUUCAUCGUUAUGUUUUGAUCCUAGUGGGAUGCUUUUGGUGACGGCUUCAGUUCAGGGCCAUAACAUAAAUGUAUUCCGAAUAAUGCCUGGACUAUCGGGAAAUUCAUCUGGAUCAGAUUUUGGUGCAUCUUAUGUACAUCUUUAUAGGCUACAACGUGGUUUUACAAAUGCAGUUAUACAGGACAUCUGUUUCAGUUAUGACAGCCACUGGAUUAUGAUAAGUUCCUCAAGAGGGACAAGCCAUCUGUUUGCUGUAUCUCCUUCAGGGGGUUUAGUUAAUUUUCAGUCUUUUGAUGCUUGUUUUACCGAUAAAAAUUGUGGAUCAGGUGUUAUGACUAAGCCUGCUGUACAUUGGCCACCAAAUUCAAGUUCACAGAUGUUUAAUCAACAGAACCUUUGUGCAUCUGGUCCUCCUGUUACCCUUUCUGUUGUUAGCAGAAUAAGGAGUGGAAACAAUGGUUGGAGAAGCACCGUAACUGGUGCUGCGGCCGCUGCAACAGGGAGGAUGAAUUCACUUUCUGGGGCUAUCGCUUCUGCUUUUCACAAUUGCAAGGGCAAUGAUUUGCGUGCAGGUGCAAGCUCCUUGAAGGCAAAGUACCAUCUCCUGGUUUUCUCUCCUUCUGGCUGUAUGAUACAAUAUGCGUUGCGGGCAUCUUCUGGGCUUGAUUCUGCCGCAGUUGUGUCUGGAUUAGUUUCGUCUUAUGACUCGGCUCCUGAAAGUGACGCAAGAUUAUUAGUUGAAGCAAUCCAAAAGUGGAAUAUUUGUCAGAAACAGAGUCGAAGAGACAGAGAAGAUAAUACUGACAUCUAUGGUGAAAAUGGAUAUUCAGACAGUAGUAAAAUAUUUCCUGAAGUAAUAAAAAGGGAAAAUAGUGGCUACCUUGAGGCUAGGGGUUCAGUUGGGAAAGUAAAUAUCAGUCCUGAGGACAGACAUCAUCUAUUUAUUUCUGAAGCUGAAUUGCAGAUGCAUCAACCGCGGGUCGCAUUGUGGGCAAAACCUGAGCAGAUAUACUUCCAGUCUAUGAUAAUGGAUGACAUCAAAAUAGAUGUGGAUGAUGCAUCUGGAGGGGAAAUUGAGAUUGAGAGGAUUCCUACUCGCAUGAUUGAAGCAAGGUCAAAAGAUUUAGUUCCAGUUUUUGACUAUCUUCAAACUCCCAAAUUCCAGCAGGCGAGGACUCCUGCUUCAACUAGCAAUACUAAUAAUGGGCGUCUGCUGCGUCAGACAUCUGGGAUGUCUGAAAAUGGCAGGCUUUCGUGCAGGAGCAGCUCCGGCUCUCUCGACUCAUAUACUGAUGGUGGUGUUACAGUCACUGAAUUUCACAGAGCCAUUGAAGAAACUAGGUGGGGAGGUUCGCAUAUGCCCACAGAAACAACCAAGGGCUUUGUAAAUAAUGACAGCCCAAAAUCAAACACUCAGUUUGGGAUUGUAAAUAAUAGAGAGAGCUCAAUGAUGGAGGCCCAAACUAAGUUUGUAAAUAACAACAUAGGCGGCCGAAAAAUGGGGAAUCAAUUCAAAGAUGAAGACGAUGAGUUUGAUUAGAGGUGCGCAGCUACUACUCUUUUGUUAUCCCAGAAGGUUGCUUUAACAGUGUUAAAAUUGUGGGUGUAAGUGUAGAGGAGUGAGUGAGUGAGGUGAAGUAUGCUUGACCACAAUGCAGAAUUGUGGAUAGUAUGUUGUUCGGGUAUGAUCUUCUUCUGUUGACUCUGUAAAUAACAGACACAAUAUAUAUAAUGUUCCAAUAAUCAGCUGUAAUAUGUAAAUAAUAGCGUCACCUUCCAACUCUUUAUUGCCGUUAUUCUAUUAAUUUGAAUUUUAUUUGUUACUACUA